AUGGUAUUACUUGGUAAACUCAAUGAACAAGCAAUCGUUGAUAAUCUACGAAAACGUUUCAUGGCAAAUUCUAUUUUUACAUACAUUGGACCGGUACUUAUAUCAGUUAAUCCAUUCAAAGAUAUGCCAUACUUCACGGAUAAAGAAAUGGAAUUGUAUCAGGGAGCAGCGCAAUACGAAAAUCCACCACAUAUUUAUGCUCUUGCUGAUAACAUGUUUAGAAAUAUGAUAAUAGAUAACGAAAGUCAAUGUGUUAUAAUAAGCGGUGAAAGUGGUGCUGGAAAAACGGUUGAAGCCAAAUAUAUCAUGAGUUAUAUUGCCCGAAUAUCCGGUGGUGGACAAAGGCUUCAGCAUGUGAAAGAUGUAAUUUUGCAAUCAAAUCCAUUGCUGGAAUCGUUUGGUAAUAGUGCCACUGUUAGAAAUUGGAAUUCUAGUCGUUUUGGUAAAUACGUUGAAAUUAUAUUCAGCCGAGGAGGUGAACCAAUUGGCGGAAAAGUGUCCAAUUUUUUACUUGAGAAAUCUCGAGUAGUGCAUCAGAAUCGGGGAGAGCGUAAUUUUCAUAUAUUUUAUCAACUAUAUGCUGGAGCAGACGAAAAUUUGAAAACUAAUCUUGGUAUCACAACAUUGGAUUAUUACAAUUAUCUCAAUCAUAGUGGUUGUUAUACAGUUGACGGAAUCGAUGAUGUUAAAGAAUUUAAACAAAUACUUCAUGCAAUGAAUGUUAUUGGUAUUGAUACAACAAAACAAAUGGAAAUUUUACAACUUGUUGCUGCUAUUAUGCAUAUUGGUAAUAUCACAUUUGUUGAAAGUAAUAAUUUUGCAGCAAUCACCGAUGAACGUUUUCUUGAAUUCCCAGCAUAUUUACUUGGCUUGAAAUCAUCAGCAAUACGCGAAAAAUUGACAACUCGACAAAUGGAAAGUAAAUGGGGUAAACAAACGGAGCAAAUUAAUGUAACAUUAAAUGUUGAACAAGCGGAAUUUACACGUGAUGCAUGGUGCAAAGAUCUUUACACCCGUUUAUUUGAAUUUUUAAUUGCAUGUGUUAAUCAAGGAAUGAAGAUCACUUCACGAUCAUCUGGAACACCAUUAUCCAUUGGUAUUCUUGACAUUUACGGAUUCGAAAUAUUCGAUAAUAAUGGUUUUGAACAAUUUUGCAUAAAUUUUGUAAACGAAAAAUUGCAACAAAUAUUUAUUGAAUUAACAAUGAAGGCGGAACAAGAAGAAUAUAUUAGCGAAGGUAUUAAAUGGACACCAAUUGAAUAUUUCAAUAAUAAAAUUGUUUGUGAUUUAUUCGAAUCUCGAAAACCACCAGGAAUAAUGUGUAUUUUGGAUGAUGUAUGCUCACAAAUUCAUGCACAAAAUGAAGGUGCAGAUGAUCAAUUUUUGGUUGAAUUAAACAAAUAUAUGUCACAAAAUGAGCAUUAUCAAAGUGGCACACAAUGUUUCAUUAUCAAACAUUAUGCUGGAGCUGUUUUAUACAAUGUUGACGGAUUUUGUGAGAAAAAUCGUGAUACACUUUACAAAGAUUUUAUUGCAUUGAUGCAACAAAGUAAUCGGCAAUUUUUCAAGCAACUUUUCCCGGAAGUAGUAUCUUUUAAUGGUAAGAAGCCAACAAGUUUUUCAUCUAAAAUUAGAAAUCAGGCAAAUGAUCUUGUUUGUUCACUUAGCAAAUGUGCUCCUCAUUAUGUACGUUGCAUUAAGCCAAAUGAUACUAAGCGGUCAUCAGAAUGGGAUGAGAAACGCGUACUACAUCAAGUGGAAUAUUUGGGCUUGAAGGAAAAUAUUCGAGUUCGACGUGCGGGUUUUGCCUAUCGUCGCAUUUUCGAUAAAUUCCUUUAUCGUUAUGCUAUUCUUAGUCCAAAAACAUGGCCCAAGUAUCAUGGUAAUGCUCGAGAAGGAGUUGAGAUCAUUUGUCAAAUGGUCAAUAUGGAUCGAGAUCAGUAUCAAAUGGGUAGGACAAAAAUUUUCAUCAAAAAUCCGGAAUCGCUUUUUCUUUUGGAAGAAAUGCGUGAGAGGAAAUAUGAUAGUUACGCACGUGUAAUUCAAAAAGCGUUUAAGAAAUUUACUGCUCGAAAACGACAUGCCAAAUUAAAGGAAGAUGCAUGUAAUUUAUUCUUCAAUAGAAAAGAAAGGCGACGAUAUUCUAUAAAUCGUAAUUUUGUUGGUGAUUACAUUGGUCUCGAAUAUCAUCCAGCAUUGCAAGCAUUAGCUGGUCGGAAGGAACGUAUUGUUUUUGCUGCUACAGUUAAUAAAUAUGAUCGAAGAUUUAAAGUUUUGAAACGACAAAUUGAUUACAAUGAUAUAGCUAAUAUUGGACUGAGUCCGUAUCAGGAUAAUUUUAUCAUUCUUAAUGUCCGUGAUUCUUAUACUUCGCUUCUGGAGACACCAUUAAAAACGGAACUUGUAAAUGCUAUCAACAAACGAUAUCGUGAUAUGGCAGAUGGACGAAUUUUAUCUUUGGAUUUCAAUACGUCUCAUCAGAUUAUCUUAAAGAAAACUCGAUUUGGUGGUGGUUCUCGAACUGUUAAAUUUUCGAGAAACGAUAAUGGAUCGGAUAUAACUCAAUUGUUUCCAAAAGGAAAAAUUUUAUUUGUAUAUAUUGGACGUGGGUUAUCCAAUAGUGCAAGACCAAGUGAUGAAGGGAUAAUGAUGAAGAAACAUUAUGAAAGGCGAAAAAUGCCUUUCCCAAUGUAUCAAACACCUUUGUCACUACAGCACAUGACUACGUCAAAUCGUGUCUAUCCAAUGAUAAACAAUAAUAUGGAUAUUAACAGAAAUAGUGGAAUUACUCAUAAUGCUAUACGACAUUCCGAAAAACCGAAGCCACCACUGAAACCGAAACCACUUCCUCUUGUUGAAGCGCUGUAUCCGUACGAAGCUCAGGAUACAGACGAAUUGUCGUUUUUUGCUGGUGAUAAAUUUGAGCUUAUAAAUAAAGAUUCUUCCGGUUGGUGGCAGGGCAGAAUGCAGAAUCGAACGGGUCUCUUUCCAGGAAAUUAUGUUAGAGAAUUAUAAGGUUCUUAGAUGUUUACAUUUAUUUUAGUCCAAUUUCUUUCACUUCUCGAUUACUUCUAUUUGUUUUAUUAUUGUAAAGAUUCAUUUCCUAUGCA